AUGCAGCAUGGACAUACUGUAGCAUUCAAACGCCUGGCUAUAAAGUCCUCAGAACGGAGCGUCCUAAUACAAGUCAGCAUCAGUCGAGCCUUCCAUCGGAUUCUCACCUUUCAACUAGUUCUCCGCAGAUCGUACAACCAUCAUGCAUCAUUCGUCAAGAUCCAUCGCAAGCCAUACGAAGCCUUGCAGUCCAGGAUCGCGUCGAAGCCCCUUGCCGGCAAGUCUGUGAUCGUCACUGGCGGCUCGCGUGGAGUAGGCCUCUUCAUCGUGGAGGGUUUCGUCGAGGCUGGCGCAACCAAGAUCGGACUCACUGGUCGAGAUGGGGCGCGCCUACAAGCAACUACGUCCAAGCUCACGAAAGCACACCCUGGUGUAACUUUCGCCCCCUAUGCCGUGGACGUUGUCGACGAGAAAGGCAUCAAAGCCAUGUUCUCCGACUUCGGCGUCCCAGACAUCCUCGUCAACAACGCAGGCGUCUUCCCCGACAAUGGCCUCUUCCUCGAUCAAGAUCUAGAGAAGUGGUGGAACGGCAUCGGCACAAACGUGCUCGGAACGGCCAACGUAACCCAGAAGUACCUUCAAGCAAAAGGCAACGCGCCCGGCAUCGUGCUCAACUGCUCGAGCAUGGCCUCUGUCAUGCGCUUCCCUCUCAAAGGCUGGUCCGGCUACACGACCAGCAAGCUGGCGCAGGCACGGAUCUUCGAAUUCCUCCGCUUCGAGCACCCAGAGACACGCUUCAACACGAUUCAUCCGGGCGAGAUCGAGACCAAUGGCUUCGAAGUAUCCGGCGCGCCGAAGCACGAUGACAUGACUGACGGGAAGCUCACGGGGUUGUUCUUCGCUUGGGCGGCGACCGAGGAGGCUGCAUGGCUGAAGGAUCGCUUUUUGUGGGCGGAGUGGGAUAUCAAUGAGCUCGCUGGUCGGAAGGAGGAGAUCUUGGAGAAGGAUUUGUUGCUGACCACGAUCGACGGAUUCAAUAAGGGGUUCUGA